AUGUCUUUCAUCACUUUGGACACGAAACCUACAGCGCAGAUCUGCUAUAACUUCUAUGAAGCUACCCCACAAGCGCAAUUGCUGGUGGUAUGCCUAAACGGGCUGGGUCUCCCACAAGAGUUUUGGGUUCCUGCAAUUACUAAGUUCAAGGAACUUCGUCAAGGAGCCACAUUACCUGCCAUCCUGACCUAUGAUCGCUUUGGUCAAGGCCAAACAGUUGAUCGAGAUCCUCAUGAUGCAAAUUCUCCAGAUCCUACCCACGGCCAUGACGCUACUGUUGUCAUACAAGAUCUGCGCCAGCUCAUUGUCCAAAUUGCCAAAGAUAAACUGGGAAUAUCAGACGUAGACACUCUACCUAUUGUCUUCAUGGCAAACUCCAUCGGAUGCGCGGUGGCUCGUCUCUACGCACAAGAAUACUCGGGCACUGUCACGGGUCUUCUAUUGUUAGAUAGCAUGCUGGCCAACACCGACUUCGUUUCAGUUUUCCCCGAUCCGGAUGACGAAAACUUCGACCCUAGUACACUCCCUCCUGGCGUUUCUGUAGAGGGCUUGCGCGGCACCCGGAUGGGAACACAGAAGAUAUUUCAUCCUGAUGUUGGGAAUAAGGAAGGCUUCAGCCGCAGAAACUUCCGUACUCUUCUACCUGCAAGUGAUGGUCCUGUUCUCAAAGGACCUGGUGACAGGGGACCCUUUCUGACAGUUGUUGGUCAUGAUUUUGAUACAUUUGCGGCAGAGUCAGCCAAGAUGGGCCCCCCAGAAGCUAUCACCAAUGCUUACCUCAACCCUUACUGGCAUAAAUACAAUGAAGACUUAGCCAAGAUAACUGAGGCGGCAAGAAGCAAGGGCCCACUAUUUUCCCCUCAUUCCGGCCACUUUGUUCAGCGGGACAACCCGGACUUUGUUGCCCAGGAACUGAACGAGUUGAUCUCAAAGAUUUUGGGGUAG